GCACUCUAUUUUCCCUAAACAAAAUAAGCUCACUCAUCACUUCAAUCUACAGUGUCUCCUCCCAAACAUAUGGCUCUCCUGAUUUCUAUCAUCAUCUUCAUCUUUUCAAUCUUCCCAUUUAGCAGCAAUGCUCAAGCUCCACCUUCACCCGGCUACUACCCUAGCUCAAGAGUUGGCUCCAUAGGCUUCAACCGAGUUUUCGCCACCGAACUUCAGGUACACUCACUUCUCGUUCUCUUGGUUGUAGGAAGCGGGUUCAAAUCGGUUAAGUCUUACUCUUCGUGCUAUUUUGGAGCUGCCAUUAAGCUCCAACCGGGUUAUACAGCUGGAGUGAUCACCUCUCUCUAUAUGUCAAACAACGAAGAGCACCCAGGUAACCAUGAUGAGAUUGACAUAGAAUUUCUUGGAACCCCAGAGAAUGAGCCCUAUGUGUUACAGACAAAUGUAUACAUAAGAGGGAGUGGGGAUGGCACAAUUAUUGGAAGAGAGAUUAAAUUCCAUCUUUGGUUCGACCCCACCAAGGAUUUUCACAACUAUGCCAUAUUAUGGAAUCCAUCACAAAUCAUAUUUUAUGUGGAUGAUGUGCCAAUAAGAAGGUACCCUAGAAAAAGUGAUGAGACAUUUCCAUUGAGGCCGAUGUGGCUCCAUGGAUCUAUUUGGGAUGCCUCUUCUUGGGCAACCGACAAUGGAAGAUACAAGGCUGAUUACACUUAUCAACCCUUCAUUGCCAAGUACAACAACUUCAAAAUCGACGGCUGCGAAGGCGGUCGUGGUGGAGAGUGCCGCCCCAUUUCUGGCUCUCCGGGGGGCUCGGAUGGGCUGAGCAGCCAGCAAAGGGCGGCACUUGCCUUUGUCAACCAUAAUUACAAGGUGUAUGACUAUUGUAGGGAUCCCAAAAGGGACCACAAACUUACACCAGAAUGCUUAUAAGUCUAAAUGUACUACUACUUCAUGUAUCUUAAUUAUGUGUAAUUGUUUGUUACUAAGUGUGUUUUAAUUUGGAGUCAUCAGACCAAUAUUGUAGUCUUGUUGGAUUCAAAUAUAUUUAUUAUUAUGUGAUAAAUGGUGAUAAUCA